GCGCCUAACAAAUGCACCGUGAUUGUAGGUUUUGUCGUCUAAUUCCCCAUUACAAAAUGCUUCCUCGCGCAAAUCAUUUUCGGAGUUAAGUCUAAUUUUAAAAUAUCUCCACUGUCUCAACUUCUAAAUGUUUGAUAUCGCUCAAGUUUAGUUCGAAAACACGCUGCUUUCAACGACGGUCUGUGCUUCCAAGUUCAUUCUAUUGUUUUUUUCAGUGAAAAGGGGGGAAAGUUAUAAAAGUGGUGGGUGUUAUAAAAGUGGGUGGUGAAAAAUUUUGUUAAAAAGGGUUGUUCAGUUAAAAAUGAAUUGACCAAUAUUUUCAUUGGCACCCGUUGAAAAUGCAUGUCAUGUCAAAAUCAAUGAAAAUAUCUGGACUAAAAGUUAGUGGUUCGCAGUUUCCCUUUGGUUUCCAAAGAAUAUAUUUAGAUCAUAAAGAAUGUUACAUUUAAGAUUUGAAGAAGGUGUCGCGGAUUACUACGAUUUUUAGGUGCUGAAAAUGGAUGAUGAAGAAGCGCUCUCUCAGGCGAUUUUAAACAAUUCCAGAUUUUGGGUGCAAAAAGUACUAGUGCCAACUCUACUAUGCCUGGGAUUAGUUGGCAACACUGUCACCAUUAUGGUGCUCACAAGGCGACGGAUGAGAAGCUCCACAAACAUAUAUCUAUCAGCGCUAGCUGUGGCAGACAUCAUUCAUCUUGUGUUCGGCUUUUUAUUAUCAUUUGAACAUUACCACAAUAUUCACGACAGAAAAUAUGAACUGUACUGGAGGUUUUACGGACUAACGCAUUGGUUUUGCGAUGCGGCAAGUGCAACAUCAGCAUGGUUAGCAGUUUCAUUUACCAUAGAACGCUUCAUCGCUGUUCGUUAUCCGAUGAAAGGAAAAAUCUUCUGUACUGAACGUAGAGCAAAAGGAAUCAUAGCAAUAGUCUACGUCUUUUGCUUUGUUACCACAGCAUCAACAACAUUCGAAUACCAGCUCACCUUUAACGACAUCUGCGUUAAAGAAUGUCCCAUUGACCAAUUGAACUAUACAGAGUCCCCUCAUUUAGAAUCCACCAGUGCAAGUGUCGGAAAUAUUACUUAUGUUGAGUCUGAAGCUAGCAGUCUUGGUUCAGAUGCUUUAGGCUCAGUUGUUAUCAAAGGUUAUGAUAAAUAUAUUCAGAACAAGAUAAAACAAAUCCUCUCCAAUUGUACUAAUCAUCCACAUAUCAUUUUGGUUCCUGUUAAUCCUAAUGUUUUAAAUUCUACAAGUAACGUGGAUUCAAUUAAUAGGUCCCUAGAGGCAGAUUUAAGUCGAGCAUUAGAAAAAAAAAGCAAUAGCACAAGUGCCGCUAGUACUCACCAUGUACGAAGUCUUAAAGAAUCUGAGAAUAGUACUUAUUGCUGUGAAAAAAACUUCACGAUCGAUGUAGAGAAUACAGAAUUAGGAAAGAACAAAACUUAUACAGACUUUAUUUAUUGGUAUAGUGCACUGUUUUUUGCCAUAAUACCUUUACUAGUGAUAGCAACGUUUAACUGUUUUUUAAUCAGAGUAGUGUAUUCGUCGCAGAAGACCAGAAGAGUGAUGACAAACUCUCAUGAAAGUUCUUCAUGGACAAACGAAAAAAGAAUAACGAUAAUGCUGAUAGGCAUUGUAUUCGCUUUUCUAAUAUGUCAAAUUCCAACAGCUAUACACAUUAUCUACUAUCAUUUUAAUGAGACAAAAAAUAAGGUGCAAAUGAACAUAAGACUGAUUUUAGGUAAUUUCUGCAACUUCAUGGUGAUGCUGAUGGCACCCUGCAACUUCCUGAUUUACUGCUUAUUGAGCAAAAAAUUCCGAACGACUUUCACAAAGAUUUUCUGGCAACGGUUCAGAGCAAAACAGAUCGAAGCUGAUACAAUCAUUCGUUCUUCAACAAAAGGAAUCGACUCUUCAGCUAAAGGGAAAGAGAAUAAAUUUCACACUUACAAAGAUGGUUUGAUGAAAAAAAUGACCUCCAAAUACAGAACUCCAAGAAACUUGGAGGUAACUAUCUAUUACUUUAAUAAGGGGAAGUACGUCAAUACGUACACAGUAUGUAUGAAAGUUUGAUGAUGGUUUGUUUACUUCUCCUGACCGCCUAAUAUCAUUAUUGACACAUAGUUUGACUAGUAUGCCUCGUUCAAAACCAGCGGUGAUGCGGCCAAUUGGAAAGGCGAAAUCCUGUGAUUUAAAUGUGUAAAGAACUCUUUAGUUUUAGGAUCUAAUUAUACUCAGUGACAUUAGAAGUGCUACACCCAUAAGGAAUAAUUUCUUGAACUGUAUUUUUUGGCAACAUAUUAGAUUUAGAUCAAUUAAUAAUGUAUUUGGCGACCCCGUUACCUGAAUACAUUCCUGUACACUCAUUCCAAGCAACUUGAACUUCAUGGUGUAACUGUGCCAGAGUCUGUGGAGGAUGGUGCAGUGGACAGUGGACAGUCUCCUUCCCAUCAUAUCCCAUACAUGUUCGAUAGGAUUUAAAUCCGGUGAACGAGGUGGCUACGGCAAAACAUUAACGCCAGUUUUUGAAGAAAGAAGCCUCAACGCGCAGAGAAGUUGCAGAGCACAUAGAGCAAAUUAAACAGAUCACGGAAGAGCGGCAUGCCCUAUACAAAGCUCUAACACCACCAAAGCGACUGAAAUCCAAGAAAACCUUCCUUGGAACAGUGCAGGAUGAACCGCCUGAAGUUUACAAGAAGUAUAAAAGAUAAAACAUUGAUAUUGUUAUUAUAGUGUGCUAGAAAUAUAGAUUGUGUUGCCACAAAAUUAAGUAUACAAGAAAUCAUUCCUUCUAGAUGUAACACUUCUAAUGUCAGUGAGUAUUAUGUAUUUUAUGUUUAGUGCUAGAAGUUUACAGAUUAUUCCUCUAAAUUGUAAAGUACGAUUUAUAUUAGUAUAAAGUUUAAUUAUAUUGUAGUGCUAUAUUUUAAAAAAUGAGUUACUCUAAUAAAUACAUAUUAUGCUUAUUCCUGUAAAAUUUUCUAGUUCCAUUUAAAAUAAAUGUUCGAAGUUUC